CAAACAUAUUAUUCUUUCAAAUUAGAUUUGUGUUUAUCUGUAAUUUUCUAUAGAUUAUUAAAUAUGUAUAAUUUUUAUAGAAUUUAUUAACUCUUGCUGGUUUCAUUCUGUUAAUUGUACUCUAAUAUUAAUCUUAAACAAGGAUUCUAACAAUUCAAUAUAAUAAUUUAGAUAUGUUUAAAUAGAGGAAUGGAUGUUCCAACCAGUUUGAGUGAACAGGUCGAUAAAUCAUCUUUAGAGUGCCUGAAUGAAGAUUCUUUGCAUAGAGUCACAAAUACUCUCACUUCUGGAAUUGAUACUUACUUGCAAUCCUCGCCCGGUGAGAGUGAACAGCUGUUGGUUAAGUAUAAAUUCUUGAACCCUGUCAAAAUCCACUCAAUGAUUGUCAAAGCGCUUCCUGACGGUGUGGCUUCUGGCACUGCUCCAAAAAUUCUUCGUCUUUUCAUCAAUUGUGAAGACCUCGAUUUUCAAGAUGCCGAGUCUGACCCUUGUACCCAAGAACUGACUCUUGAAAGAUCACAUGUUGAGGCUGGAGAGAGGGUUUUACUUCGUUACGUUAGGUUUCAAAACGUUAAUAGUCUCGCUGUUUACGUUGCUGAGAACUAUGGAAAUGAGAGCACAAAAAUCGCUCAUAUCGGUCUUUAUGGAACCACUGCCACCUCCUCAAAGAUCGAGAACUGGAAACCAACCAAGGAGCAGGAAAUGCAGUAAAAACUAAUCUGAUCCACCAAUU